UAUAUAGAGAGCUCAGUGAGCUGAUCAGAGAGAAAGCAUUCUGCCAGCCCGGCUCCUACCAAUCGCAAAUCACUUCCUAACCUCCGCCUUUUUAACAUAUUUGAUCACUUUGAUUCUCUACUCCUUUUCUGAUUAUUUUUCAGCGCACGGAGGAGGUUUGUGGGUUGUGAUCUUUGUUUUUUCCUUUUUGUUUUGUUUUAGUGCUUUGGCUUCUCUUUUUUUCUGAGGAAGAGUUGUCUUCAUAUAUCCAAGCUCUCAAAACAUUGGCUUCAGCUGCGCGCUUGCUGGCGCUACCUCACAAGGAGAAAAAGGAAGAAGAGGCGAUUCCUUUUUUUUUUCUGUCUUUUUUUUUUAAACCUAGUUGGCGAUUUUGUGCUGGAACUUGAUAGUGACUGCUGAUACAGUGUGCUCUCCAAUUGUUGUAUGCUGCUGCUGCGAGAGCAGUGUUUUGCCCGCCUGCUCCAUCAUCCACUGAACAGUCCAUGCUACCUCGGUUGAUGCUGUUUUUUUUAUAUUUAACCCACCUUUCCCACUGAUGGGUGUACUGGAUGGCUGGCUGUAAGCGCCCCUGGACUUGGCCUUUAAGCGCAAGGCAGCAGCGACUCAGCUCGCCAACGCAUCAGUUUUGAAAAAAAAAAAACGUGCCUCGCAACCUCUCCGACAGCAAUAAAUCGACAGUUUUCCGGGAGAUUCAGAGUGGAUUCAACGUAUAGGCUCUAGAUUUGACAUUUCGUGUUGUCCGGGUUGUUAUAGUCACAGUUUUUUUGCCGCAUUUCCUUGAGACAUUCUUCACACCGCGACACCAAAACGGCAGACAAAAAGUUUCUUUACGUUGACUGAUAGAUAUGGCAAUGGUAGUGUGGAGAGGCUCCCAGGACGAUGUGGCUGACCCCCAAGGCACCCUUUCCUCGCAGACCCAAGGAGGACUAUCUCUUCCCACCCCUCAGCCGGGCCAGCUGAACCUGACAGCCUCCCAGGUGGCCCCUCCGACCCCGCAGACUCCGGUCCAGGGACCCCCGAACAACACGCAGUCCACGCCGGCCAACCAGACGACGCAGCAGUCGGAGAAACAGCCGCAGCACAUCGAGUGCGUGGUCUGCGGGGACAAAUCCAGCGGCAAACACUAUGGCCAGUUCACCUGCGAGGGCUGCAAAAGCUUCUUCAAACGGAGCGUACGAAGGAACCUCACUUACACAUGCCGUGCCAACAGGAAUUGUCCAAUCGACCAGCACCACCGCAAUCAGUGUCAGUACUGCCGCCUCAAAAAAUGCCUUAAAGUCGGCAUGAGACGGGAAGUUUCUCUUUUUACUGCAGCCGUGCAAAGGGGACGAGUGCCACCCACACAGCCACACCACGGCCAGUUCGCCUUGACAAACGGAGACCCACUCCACUGCCAUUCCUACCUAUCCGGAUAUAUCUCCCUGCUGCUGAGAGCGGAGCCCUACCCGACGUCCCGCUAUGGCAGCCAGUGCAUGCAGCCCAACAACAUCAUGGGCAUCGAGAACAUUUGUGAACUAGCAGCCAGGAUGCUCUUCAGCGCCGUGGAGUGGGCCAGGAAUAUUCCCUUCUUUCCAGACCUGCAGAUAACCGACCAGGUGGCUCUGCUGAGGUUGACGUGGAGUGAGUUAUUUGUGCUGAACGCUGCGCAGUGCUCCAUGCCCCUGCAUGUGGCUCCUCUCCUGGCGGCGGCUGGCCUUCACGCUUCGCCCAUGUCUGCGGACAGAGUGGUGGCCUUUAUGGACCACAUUAGGAUCUUCCAAGAACAAGUGGAAAAGCUUAAAGCUUUGCACGUUGACUCUGCUGAGUAUAGCUGCUUAAAGGCAAUUGCGCUCUUCACCACAGAUGCUUGUGGCCUCUCAGAUGUGGCCCAUGUGGAAAGUUUGCAAGAGAAGUCCCAGUGCGCCCUGGAGGAAUAUGUCCGGAGCCAGUAUCCCAACCAGCCAACACGGUUUGGGAAGUUGUUACUCCGCUUGCCUUCCCUCCGCACAGUCUCUUCCUCGGUCAUAGAACAGUUAUUUUUCGUCCGAUUGGUAGGUAAAACCCCCAUUGAAACUCUCAUCAGGGAUAUGUUGCUUUCGGGGAGCAGUUUUAACUGGCCUUACAUGUCAAUUCAGUAAACCAAGAAGGAGACAGACUAACAAAAGGUGGGGCUGGGGUGGGGGGGGGGGACUGCGAGACUACAAUGAUUAUAGCUGCUUUUGUGGAAGGAAUAUAAAAAAAAAAGAAAAGAAAAAGAAAAAACUAACCGGCUGUUACACGGAGCUGGCUUUCAUGAAGAAAGACAUUGACGUAAAUGACUGUGAAUUCCCCCCACCCCACCCCACCCCACUCCGAAAAAAGAAAAGAAAGAAAAAUUGAGACAUCCACUGAACUUUCAAAAUGGCAGAUACAAGCUCCCAGUGUUCACGCAGAACAACCUACUUUGAUCCACUUUUUUUUAAUGAAAGAAGAAAAUUAGGAAAAAAAAGGAGGAGGAAUUUUGUUGAUCCUUAUAAGGAAAUUUAAAGUAUUAAGUGCAUUUAAAAUGGAAAAUUUGGGUUAAAAAAGAAAAAAAAUACUGGAGAAAGGGAAAAUACAAAACGUGAUUUUUUUUUUCUUUUUCCUCAAAUGACUUGUCCUGUGUCCAUGUAUAGCUGUGUUUUGUACUUUCUUUUUUUCCUCCUUUUCUGGUUACAAACCGGCCUAUGUGAUUUCUGUAGUACAGGUGGUGUUAUUUUCUAAGACAUUGAGUUAUUUUGAACAGGUGAAUAAUGUAAAGACAAAAGUUCUAAAAAGAAUUAAAACCACAGCAAUAGGAGAAUAGACUUAUGAUCCAGGCUUAAUGCUGCAAGCGCACUUAUAUUCUUAGGACGACCAUUUAGGAAAAAGGGAGUGUUUUUUCUUCUUUUUUGAGGUCAUGUUCAACUGUAUGAUCCAGCUGAAACAUUUUACGCUCUUAACUUUUAUGAAGUUACAGGAUAUGCUUUUACUUUUGACUAAACCUACAUAAGCUCUCUUGAAAUUUGAAUUCAUAAUUUGAAUGCUCGCAGAUUUGACAGGUUUACAUGAUGUGGAUUUUUUGGGCGAGUAUUUCUCCCUGUUUCAUUCAGAUCCAGAUAUAAACAUUUUCCAAUUGAAUACAGCUAAAAUGAAGAAAAAACAGAAGAAAUCUGCCAGUAUAGGCAUGCUGUUAUAAACAUAUUUGAGACAGGUUGCUCUCAAUGCUUUAGCUGUGCAAGAAAGGAGAAAGCAGAACUGGCUGGUUUAAAGAAAAAGAAAGUUGGCGAGGUCAAGGGUCAUAAAAGUUUGAAGUCUAGCCAGAGUAGUGUUUAAUAGCAGUAUUAUCAAAGCGUCCCUGAAAUGUCACCCUUUAUUCACUUCAAGCAUUAAGUGCCUGACAAGCAUAAUGUGAUUUCUUAUCAAAACGUUGUUAAAGUAGGCCUACAACAUUUUGGGGGAACACAAUUAGACUUCAGUCGUGUAUUUCACUUGAAAAACACUGGUUAGAGGCAGUAUUCUUGUAAAUAUAGGUCAGUAUAUUUCAACAAGUUUUUCCUUUAUACAAAGUAUAUGUGAUUAAGAAAAAAAAAUCUGUGGUUGCCAUUUUUUUUUCUCGGUAAUACGUCUUCAAAAUUGAGUGGCGGACUUAGCUAGUAGCACUGAAAGUUAUGUUUUUAAUGUAUAUACAUAUUACUACAAAUGUUUUCGUUUCCAUGUAUAUUUAGACUGUGAAUGCAUGGCCACAGGUCGCUAACCUAUUUUACCUUUGAUAUAUAAAUGUAAAUGUUUUCUCUCUCUUCCUCUCUUUUUUCUUUCUUUCUUUUUUUUGGACUGUAUAGAUAUACUCUGUGCAUUCAGUACACACUAGCCCUUGUAUUUAAAGAAGCAGAAAAGAGAAAAAAAAGGAAA